AAACGGGAAGCGCACAGGUUGCGUCUUCUUGAUUACUUUCUGGGGAGGGCGAGAGAGAAGCGGCGCAACUGCGGCUGAUCGAGACUAUUUCAGAAACGCGUUGCAUUUACAACAGGAGGGGCGCGCUGACAUAUCGCACGACUGAUCGUCCAUAAAUGGGGUGCUUCUUCUCCAAAAAAUCGAGGAGAAAAUCUCCUAAAAAAGACUCUGCUUUGACCGAUGGGGACGGGAGCGCUACGGGCAAUGACCUCCCAGAAACCAACAACACUGCGCUGGGCAGCGACAGCAGCCAGGAGGCUCCCAAGCAAUACAGCUGGGACAAACGAGAAAAGGUUGACCCCAAAGACUUCAUGCUGACAGGCCUCAAGAAUGAGACAGUGGGCCGGUUGCCAGGCAAACUCAAUGGCCAGCAGUUUGUCAUUCAGGAUUGUGAGAACUGUAACAUCUACGUAUUCGACCAUUCGGCGACUAUUACCAUUGACGACUGCGUGAACUGCCGUAUUUUGUUAGGUCCGGUCAAAGGCAGCGUGUUCUUCAGAGACUGCAAAGAUAUCAAGUGUGUGGUGGCCUGCCAGCAGUUCCGCACCAGAGACUGCAAGAAAAUGGACGUCUUUUUGUGCUGCGCCACCCAACCCAUCAUUGAGUCUUCAACAGGCAUGAAGUUUGGCUGCUACCAGUACUACUACCCCGAGCUGGCUUUCCACUUUAAAGAUGCAGGCCUCAGCAUCUUUAACAACAACUGGAGCAAUAUUCAUGACUUCACACCUGUUUCUGGAGAAACCAAUUGGAGUCUCCUACCAGAAGAUGCUGUUGUCCUAGAGUAUAUGCCUCUACCAGAUCCUGAGUCAGAAUUCAAGUCUGUGAGAAUCUCUACUGAAGCAAGUCGGAGCAUAGUGCCCAUGACCAAAGGAGGGCGCCGUACCGAGAGCGAAGAGUCCUGCCUGUUUGUCUUUUUCGCUGGAGACUACACCACUGCUAACGCACGCAAGCUCAUUGAUGAGGCGACCACCAAAGGCUUUGUCCUCAUUCAGACCAAAGAGGUUUCCAUGCGCCCUGAGGAUGUGAACCGAGUGUUCCAGAAUAACGCAGAAAGCCUCACUGAGUGGAUCACCAAAGGUCCAGUGGUAGCUCUCGAGCUGAAUGGAGAUGGUGUGGUGGAGGCGUGUCGAUCCAUUGCCAAUGAAGUGUUCAAUGGAACUAAGCUGUUUGUUUCUGAGAGCAAAAAUACAUCCUCGCGUGAUGUCGACAACUUUUUCAACUUUGCUGACAUGCAGAUGGGACUGUGAAACUGGCGCAGAGGAGCACCUCAAAUUAAUGUGGGUUUAUAUUUGUUUGGUUUUGUCAGUUUUGUCAUUUCAGUGAAUUGGAAUUACAUAUGCGAAGCCACUGAUAUCUCAACACUUUUAGGGGUUUAUAACCACUAUUUUAACAGACAGAUUUGCUCUGUGAUCUAAAAAUGUAACAUUUUCAUGCCAAUGAAACAGGCAUAUAGUCAGUGAGGGUAUUUGUUACCAAUCAUGAAGGCAAGUGCCUUUAGAUGGAGAACAAAAUCAAGAACUGGAACUUCUAAUCAAACAUUACUGUGGACAAUUUAUCACUUAUGCUGAAAAUAAUGAAUUUGAUUUAUAUAGAUAUUUAUUGAAUAGUUUUUUCCCUAAAUGUAUAGCUGGAAAUUGUGUUUUAUUCUCCUUUGCUUGUAUACAUGUUUUCAGUACAUAUUGUAUAGUCAUUUAGUUUGUGUAUAAUAGAUAGCUGUAAAAAGUAUUUGUCAAAUGCCAGAAAACAUGAAUUGUUGAAUCAGGUUUUUUUAAUAUUUAACAGAAAUAUAUAUUUACUCAUAUAGCCAUGCGUUUAAUUUCUUUUCUUGUUAGCAUGGCUUUUGACUUUGUAUUUACUAUGUUUUUUCAGUAUUUUUUUUAAAUGUAAACAAAUAACAUUAGUCCUCCAUAUAAGUUUUUAAGGUAACACUGUUCUAAUAAGAAUGUAAAAAGUUCCAUCUGAUACGUUGAAUGUACUACUAAAAGGAGCUUUAGUUGUCUCCUUAACACUGCUCUAUUUUUGUAGGAACGUUUUAGCGAGCACAACUUUCCUGUGACCAAAAAAUGUUUGUACAUUUGAGAGAAUCACAGUGUGCUUUUUUAUUUCUAAAUGGUUCUUAUUUGUACGAGACAAUUUUGUAGCGUUAAAUAUAAGCUGUGAUUUGUCAAUACAUUCAUUUUAGUCAAAA